UUUACAUUUAUUUCCCUGCAUUUGUUGGACCGGUUGAAUUGCAGCGCGUUCUUUAAAAGAAGUCGAAAGAAAAACAAAAACAUGAGUGAAUUAAUAAAAAUAUUUAAAAAGUUAAAUGAAUACUUUGUAGUGAAUUUAGUGUGGGAGGAAAUCGAAGAAAUACUAGAAAAUGUACAACAAAAUAAAGUAACACCGCACAACAACACAGAGGGACAACUUAACGAAGCCAUGCUGAAAUUUAUUGGCAUUCCUUUGGUGCAACGUGCAGAAUUAGAUGAUCAAAUUGUCUCCACAUUGAUGGAAUUAUGUGCCACAUUACGUAGUCUACGUAGCGAAAGCGAAACCAGUUACGACAACACUUUCGACUGUUGGGAUCAAGUUGUUAAGGUAGCUCCCAGGGAUGGUUAUUUGGCUUUCAUCUAUACCUUGGCAGCAUUAAUACAAAUCGAUGGCACGUCACAGGUUUACAUAAAACUUUCAAUAUUAGCAGUUAAUGCUUAUUUUCUAUCACUUACCAUACCGGGUGCCAAGGGCUUUCACAUAUUCGAAGAGGAAAUCAUUAAACAUUGUGUACAGGUGUUUACUUUAAUAGAACGUAUACAGAAUCCAAAUGUUUUAUCGCGUAUGUCACGCAAUGAACCCAUACAAAUAUGGUUACAAUUUACGACAUUGUGUGAUGAUUUGAAAUUGGUGCUACGUUAUGUCCACUUCAGCGAACACAAGGAAGCAAGGGAUGUAAUAUUGAAGAAAUUGAUUGAUAUACAAUAUUUAAAUCAUGAAAGGGGGUAUGCUAAUACGUAUGCUGCUAACUUACUUAAAUGUUUUGAAAUAUACGAAGAAAUGAUUAAUGCCCACAAUGGGGAACCUGAACAGACUCUCAUGAAACUUAUGAAUAUGACCGUCUUCCUUCAUACAUAUCCAGCUAAACCGAAAUCAAACAAUCAAACAAGUAUAAAUUCCGAUUGUGAACACAUCUCCGAUUGGUUUAUCAAAUCGAUAUCUAAAUAUCCACGUUUAUUGGUAAAAGUUUUAAAGUUCUAUAUUGAAUGUAUUGUAACAAAUCCUAUUAGAACAUGGAAAACUGAACAAACACAAAAGGCUUUAGAAUAUGCGGCUAAAUAUGAUGCUGCUUUAUUUACAAAAUGUAACGAAUCAUGUGUGGAGUUUCUAUGCGAGGCUGUAUAUGCCGAUGAGGUCAUGAUAAGAUCUCGAGCGAUAGAUUUAAUGUCGAAAAUUUUACAAUUAGAGUCCCAGGUGGAUUGGCAAAUGUUUCGUCAUGAAGUUUCAGCUAUACCACGUGAAAUACAUUUAAUUAAAGAACUAAUAGAUAGUUUACGAGAUCAAAAUAAUAAUAUUAAAUUGAAAUCGGUGCAAGCUUUACAUAUGGCUUUGACAAAGGGUUCACCUAAUACGCGUAAAAUUUUAAACGAAUGCUUAAAGUAUGCACAAUUUUGUGAUACAAAUGUCCAACUACCGGAUGAACCGAGAGUACGUAAAAAUGAAAUACGUUAUGAGAAGCCGAAUAGUCAAAAAGCUGAAUACACUUUUGAGGGUCAUGGUAUAAUAGAAUUAGCUUUUCUUAAUUUACCAUCUAAUAUUUUUACACAAAUAUAUCAGAGUCCUUUGUCGUAUAUAAGAAGAGCUGGUAUUAUGUUUAUGGAACAGUUGGUUAAAUUAAAUCCUUUAAUAAUAUUUAAUACAAAUUUUGUACAGGAAACAUCACGUUUGGUAGAGGAACCUACGGCCUUAGUGCGUAAACAAACUUUAUUGUCGGUUGAUGCUAUUUUGGAAUCCUAUCCCAAUUGUUAUCCAGUUAUAUGGAUUUGGUGUAAAGUUAUUACACCCAUGUUACAUGAUGGAGAUACCAAAAAUAUUGAAGUGGCUAUGGAGUGCUUUCGUAACAGGGUCUUAAUGAACAUGAAAAGUAUUGAAGAAACCAAUAAAGCUGAACAUUUUAUGCCUUGGGUUAUAAUACGAACUUUACUGUCCACUCAAUCACGUUUUUAUUUGCAAAAUUGUUUCCAUUUGGCUUUGCAACAGCGUAUAAUAAGUUCCCAAAUCGUUAGUAUAAUUGAAUCUCAUUUGUUGACCUCCAAUUCCACCGAAGCUUGGAUUGUUUUGAAUUUUAUCUGUGACAAAGUCAAGAUUAAAGAACCAGAUGCUUUAAUCCAUCAUUUCAUAACAUUGGAAUCGUGGAAUAAAGAACAAAACAUGCUGAUAGCUCUGGAAGUUCUCGCCAAUUGUAUUAAAGAUUUUUCUCAUACUGCCCUCAAUCAUGCCUUUACCCAUUUACUUACGCAACUUAAAGAGGGCAAAAUGUUGCCCAUAAUUAUAGGCAAAGCAUUCGAUUUUCUACUACUCAUCGAUAAUCGGUCACAAAAUACUGGAAAAACUAAAACCAGCCAAACGCAACAUAGUCAAGGCCCAGAAAUCGUCUGGUUAACUGAUUUACAUCAACAUUUAGAGUAUGAAAUAUUAACUGGUAUUCAAAACUUUCCCGAAAAUCGUAAUACCUUCAUGUCUCAUCUAUAUGCCUACUCAGAGGUUAAUUUACAAACUCGCUUUAGACCCCAUCAAACUAUCAUCACGUUUAUACAUAAAUACAUGAACGAAUGCAGCAAGAUUAAAGAAACAGAAAUGCAUUUGGAAAAUGAAAGACUUUUCAAUUCAAUGAUUUUAAUUGCUGGUCGUUUAGCGUUAAGAGAUGGUUGUGUGGCCUCCACUACUUGUGCUUUAUAUGCUAAUAUUUUAAAUACCUACGACCGGCCACCCAUAGUGAAUACUAUUAUAGUGGCCUUAACGGAUUUGUGUAAAAAACAUACUCAAAUUGUUGAACGUAUAGUGGGUAGAGUAUUGCGCAAACUAAAAUCCCCGUAUGAAGUAAAUCGCAUGGAAACUUUUAAAUGUUUUGAAAAACUUGUACUGCAGGAUCAGUUAAAACUAAGAGGUUCCUUACUGCUAGCCUUAUUGGCUACUUUGCUGGAUGAAAGUGAAGAUGUAGCUGCUAGAGCAGGCGACUUUUUUGCCGAAUUUUUGGCAAAGAAAAAUUCCACAUUAUUUCAAAAAUGUCUUAUUGAGUGUCCUUUCGUUUUCAAUGAAUACAAGAAUUUUGAUGGCUUGGAUAGCUUCUCGGAGGCUUUUAUAAAAUCACCUUUGAAAGGCGAAAAUCAACGUAAAUACCGUCAACAAUUGUAUAGCCAUCUAAUGACUGAUAUGGAUGAUAUAAAUAUGAUAUUGUAUUUUGGACAACUGAAACUUAUAGCGGAAAAAUCUAAAAACGAUCCCUUAAUAAAAACUCCCGAGGGUAUAGCCCUUGUGAAAGAUGUUUUAUACAUACUCAAAAAAGUAUGCCAACUAACUAAGGAGCAAAAAUUGACUACGGAUAAUAGUGAAACAGAAAAACCCGAAGAUGAUGCUUUAGCUGAAAUCAAUGAACUAACUGAAGCCAACCCUGAAGGAAACAAUAAAGGUGCAGCAAAUAAAACAGCCUCGAGCACGGGAGUUGGUAGAGGCAAGAGAAAACGAGAAGUAACAAUGCCUGAAGCGCUUACACUUCUAGAAAAAUCUUUAAUAUUUAUACCCACCAUUUAUAAAAAUAUCCAUAGCUAUGAUAAUAGCAUAGACAAAUCAUUCGAUGAUUUUUGUAAGGCCUUAGCUAAACGUUUUACAAACCUAGUAGACUAUGCUCAACCUGCUGAAUUUUGGAAUAAAUAUCGCACUUCCAAAGUGGCAAAUAAUAGUAAAGGUAAAAAAUCCACCAAAAGAAAGACGCCCAAGAAAAAGAAACGUAAAGCGCAAACAGAUACAGAUGAUGAAGAUGACGAUGCUGAUGAUGAUAAUGAAGAAGAUGAUAACGAUUACGAAACUGAAAAUGAAGUAUGCGAAGAGGAAAAGACAAAGAAUAAAAAGUAUAACAACAGUUCCGAUUCAAAUGAAGAUGAUGAGGAUAAUGAGCCCUUAAUAAAAAGACCCAAAAAGAAGGGAGUUAUUUGUACUGAACUAUCAAUGGAUUAUAUAUUUAAACCGAAUAUUUGAAAUACAAGUAA